UUAUCGUCGAUUUGACACCGGAAAUAACGAGACGUACACAACGCAGGGAGGAAUCACACGUGGGAACAGAAGUUAAGCCGAGUUAUGUUUGGUCACUUUAUUUAGAAAAUAUGCCAAAGAGAGCGAAAUCAGUGACACAAGAAAAGUCCGCUACUGAAGCGGAACCAGGCGGAGAGCGGAUCCAGGAGCCGCCGGCGGAGGGCAGGCGGACUCGCAGCGGCCGCACGUUCCCGACCUCCGUGCUCGGCUCUGAAGCCCCGCUGAGGACACCCAGCCGGAGGACCAGGAGGUCUGUCCUUCAAGAGCUGCCGGUAGAGAUGGAGGAAACGAACAAGGAGGACCUGCAGCAGAAACCCGAGAGGCCGGCCGAGGAGACGUCCGGCAUACCUGCGGAACCAGAGCCCUGCAUCGCGGCAGAGCAGCCAGUUCCGGAACCAGCCGAGCCGCAGACAGCGGCUACAGCAGCCGAUACAGAAAAACCUACACUUAACGGCAACGAAGACGCUCCUCGGUCCACACCUGCUCUAGUAGAAACGGCACCUGUGAGUCCAGAUCCCGUCCCGAAGAAGAAGCCUCAUUUGGCUCCCAGUGAGAAACAUAAUCCUGUCAUUCCUCUGGGAAAACCGAAAUCUGGAAGAGUGUGGAAGGACCGGAACAAGUCGAGGUUCUCAGCAAUGGUAAAAGACAAACAGCUGUGCUCCUCCUGGGAGAAGAAGAUGGAGGCCAAGCGGGAGAAGGCCUUCGUGAAGCAGUAUUCUUUGCAGCUUAAAGAGGAGAAAGCUCGUCAGAAAGAGGAAAAGAGGAAAAGAAGGGAAGAAAACUUGAGACGUCGAGCAGAGAACGAACGCAAAGCAGAGAUUGUUCAAGUGAUCCGGAAUACAUCAAAGAUCAAGAGGAUGAAGAAGAAACAUCUCAGAAAGGUUGAGAAGCGAGACACGCUGGCUCUACUGCAGAAGUCCCAGAAGCACAAUAGCAAAACCACAAAGAAACAGAAAAACUCUGACCAAGAUUUAACUUAAAGACCAUAAAUAAAUCUGAUCAAAUACA